AUAAAAAGAGGGACGCGGCCUGGCCUCCAUACUGUGCGGCGGCGCUCGAGCUUCGAGGCGGCGGUGGCUGUGACGGCGCGUUUCUUCUCCGGGCUCUGUAAGAUUCAAGACCUGAAAAAAUGGCAUUAGCAGCAAUUGAUCCACAACAGAACAUUGUAUCGAGGGUAGCAAACCUUCCUUUGGUGAGCUCCACUUACGAUAUGGUGUCUACAGCCUACAUAACCACAAAGGAUAACCAUCCCUAUUUGAAGUCAGUAUGUGAGAUAGCAGAGAAAGGAGUGAAGACAAUUACUUCAGUAGCCAUGACUAGUGCUAUGCCUAUCAUCCAGAAACUGGAACCACAGAUUGUGGUUGCCAACAACUAUGCUUGUAUAGGUCUUGAUAAAAUUGAAGAGAGACUUCCUAUACUGAAUCAACCCACUGAUAAGGUUGUUGCCAAUGCUAAGGGUGUAGUUGUUGGAGCCAGAGAAGCUGUAACAACCACCAUGACUGGUGCCAAGGAAACUGUUGCUCACAAAAUCACUGGAGUUGUGGGCAAGACUAAAGAAGCAGUGCAAGACAGUGUAGAAAUGACUAAGUCUGUUGUCAAUGGUGGCAUCAACACUGUCUUGGGAAGUCGUGUGGUGCAAAUGAUGAGCAGUGGAAUGGACAGUGCUCUCACUAAAUCAGAGACCCUUGUAGACCAGUAUCUCCCACUAACAGAAGCAGAACUAGAAAGAGAAGCUGCGAAAGUUGAAGGUUUUGAAGUUGGAGUCCAAAAGCCAAGUUAUUAUGUUCGACUAGGAUCUCUGUCUUCAAAGUUCCGUGCACGUGCCUACCAACAAGCCUUAAACAAAGUGAGAGAUGCUAAACAAAAAGGCCAGGAGACAAUUUCUCAGCUGCACAACACUGUUAGUCUGAUCGAGUAUGCCAGAAAGAACAUGAAUAGUGCCAAUCAGAAACUUCUUGGUGCUCAGGAAAAGCUUUAUCAAUCCUGGGUAGAAUGGAAGAAAAAUACAGGUCAAAAUGAUGGUGAUGAAUCGCAUAGUGCUGAGCACAUUGAGUCAAGAACUCUAGCUAUUGCGCAGAGUCUCACUCAGCAGCUUCAGACCACCUGCCUCACACUGGUUACGAGCAUACAGGGGCUGCCACAGAGUGUGCAGGAUCAGGUUUACAGUGUUCGCUCAAUGGCUGGUGAUGUCUACGAAAUCUUCCGAUCAGCAUCCUCCUUCCAGGAACUAUCAGACAGCUUUCUUACUACUAGCAAAGGACAGCUGAAGAAAAUGAAGGAGUCUCUGGAUGAUGUGAUGGAUUAUCUUGUUAACAACACACCGCUCAACUGGCUGGUAGGUCCCUUUUACCCACAACUGCCUGGCCCUCAGCAUGCUGAGAACGAAGGUGAAGGGGAGAAAAAUUCCAGCCAGAAAGACAAACAGCUUGAACGCAAUAUUGAAUAAAUUGCACAGCAUGUGUGUACCCUGCAGACUGGCCAAACAAGUGAUGUUUAACAACUGUAGCUGUCAAAAAGUCUUGGAGAAAAAACAUGGAGUGGUGAGAAGAGACUCUCCCACAAAUGAGUUGUAAAGCUAUUCUAAAACAGACAUGAUUAAGUGCCUAAAAAUUGGCAGCUUACAGUUGUCAGGAUGCCUUGUUUGUCUGUAAAGUCAAGAAACCUCACCUUGCUUAUUAAUGGUACUAAUCGUUUUAUUCUAAAUUAGAUAAAUUGCAAUUAAAAGCAUUUCAUUUGUUGUUUAAUUUCUUAUCAGAAUAAUCUCAGAAUGGCUUGGGUUGGAAAGGUCUUCAAGGAUCAUCAGGUUGCAAGCCCCUUGCUGCUGGAAGGGUUGCCAACAGUUAGGUCAAGCACCAGGUGAGGUUGCAGGGUCCUAUCCAGCCUGGCCUUGAAUGCCUGCAGGGACGGGCCACCCACAACCUCUGGACAGCCUGUUCCAGGGCCUCACC